CAAGCACCUGCAUCUGCACUCCCUAACUUCCCCCAAAUAUCCGCAGACGUGCCUGAAAACAAAUCUCACCAGCUCACAAUGACAGUCACAACCCGCGGCAGCGGCGACGGCGGCGCCUCGCGCACAUACUCGACUCCGGACGAAGUGACCAGCAAGCUCGCGACGCUGCGGCGCACCUUCGCCAGCGGCCGCACCAAGAACCUCAAGUACCGCAAGUGGCAGCUCAAGCAGCUCUACUGGCUGAUCGAAGACCACGAAUUCGACAUCACAAAGGCCCUCGCGGCAGACCUGGGCAAGCACGAGUUUGAGACGCUAGCGGGCGAUAUCGCGGGCUGCAAGUCGGACAUCCUGCUGCAUAUUGCUAAUCUUGAGGCCUGGACGGCGGACGAACGGCCUGCGGAUGCGGGCUUUGUGUUCAGGCAUGUGGGCAGCGCGGUGGUGCGCAAGGAGCCGCGAGGUGUGGUGCUUGUGAUUGGGGCGUGGAAUUUUCCGCUGCUGCUGGUUGUGCAGCCUCUUGUUGCGGCCGUGGCGGCCGGGUGUACGGUGCUGGUGAAGCCGUCGGAGAUGGCGGCGCGGACAGAGGCGCUGCUGGCGGAGCUGCUGCCCAAGUAUCUAGACCCGGAGGCGUAUGCGGUUGUGACGGGGGGGCCGGCGGAGACAGGUUUUGUCCUUGCACAGCGGUUCGACCAUAUCUUCUUUACGGGCUCGGCCGGGGUAGCGAGGCAUGUUGCGCUUGCGGCGGCGAAGAAUCUGACGCCGACGGUGCUGGAGCUCGGAGGUCAGGGCCCGGCGAUUGUGACGGCGAAGGCGGACGUGGAUCUGGCGGCGAAACGGAUUCUGGCGGCCAAGUUUAUGAAUGCCGGGCAGAUCUGUCUGAGCGUGAACCAUGUGUUUGUGGACCCGACGGUGCAUACUGAGUUUGUGCGGCGGCUGAACUUCUGGGUGGGGGAGUUUAAUGGUCAGGGCGACAAGCAUUAUGAGGAGAUGACGAAUAUCAUCAAUGAGCGGAAUUAUGACCGGCUGAAGGGGGCGUAUGAUAAGUCGGCGGGCAAAAAGUUGACGAAUGGGCGUGAGUUUGUGCGCGAGAAUCUGCGCAUUCCGCUUACCAUUGUCGACGAUGUCACGACUGACGACUCGCUCAUGAAGGAGGAGCUUUUCGGGCCAAUACUGCCUGUCAUAAGGGCGACCUACCAUGAAGCAGUCCGCGAGAUGGCGAGACUACCACAUGCACUCAGUCUGUACAUCUUCAGCGAGUCGAGGCCGGAGAUUGAUUACAUCUUAUCUCACACCCUCACUGGUGGUGUAACGAUAAACGAUUGCAUGGUCCACGCUGGCACACCGGGCGUCCCCUUUGGCGGCGUCGGCGACUCCGGAUCCGGCUCGUAUCAUGGCAAGUACGGCGUGGAAGCCUUCACGCACAAGCGUGCCGUUGUGCAGCUGCCCAACUGGCUAGACAAAGUCAUGGGUUUCAGAUACCCGCCGUACGAUAUGGAGAAGAAUCGGAAGAGGGUGGAGAAGAAGAACACGCUGGGGUUCAAGAGAGGGGAGGGAAUCGAAGACCAGGUUAUCAAGAUGCCAGGAGAAGGAGGGGGUUGGAAGAAGUAUACGCUGGUAUUGGCAUUGUUCGCAAUUGCCGUGGGCUCUUGGAGGAGUGGAAUUGGGCCGGUGUGGCUGCAGGAGCUGGCUGGAAGAAUUGUAGGAACAAUGUCUGGAGUAUUAGCGUCGAAGUGAAGAGCAAGGAUAAGAUAAUGCAGUGUAGGAUACCCGGACUGGAUUUCCCUUGUUGUGACCUGCGUACAAUACGAAUAGCGUACUGAGAUGGUAGCCGUUCACCCAUUUCAUUGAGUAUACCUCCAUAAUCAACUACAAGAACGUGGUCUAACUUGUCUUUACCAUUUCGUUUCCUUUCAGAAGAUUCAGUGUUCUCGAAUUGGUAUACCAGUUUGUUCUCAGAGCCGUGAUAGCCUAGGUCUAGAGUGGCCUCAUACUCGUCGGGACCUAGACUGGCAUCCAUCUGAUAUCAUAAGUCUACAGCUCAUAGCAUAGUAGUAGAAAGGGACACGCCUUCAUAAGUGAAUGAGCCCGUACCCCAGUCGAAUUCAUCUCACCUCGAUACACUUCGAAACCUCAAGUCCAUCCUCCUCGCCGGUCGGUUCCCAG